ACCUCAUGACCUAAUACAAGUUCUGUGAAUUUGCUUGAGACAAACUGUUUCAUUAAACACUAUCACGAGAAUAUCUCCACACUUUCAUCUGCGAUAUAUGACAUUUUCUCAAAUACGGAACAAACGAAAAAGCGUCGUAGCGACGUACGCACACACCGCACCCCCGAUCGAUCCAACAGCCAUUCGAGACCAUCGAACACCCAACCGUAAUGCAAAAAUACCUCCCAACCUACGGUACCGCGUUGGUAACACCCCGCGCACUUCACACCGGUGAAGUUAUCGCCUCCACGAAAAU